AUGAAUGUUCCCGAAGAAGAUAACUCUCAGAAGGCCAAACGCAAGGCCAUUCAGGAUGUCAUGAAAGAUACUUCCUUGACGCCUCAGCAGAAGCAGCAAAAGAUUCUAAAGAUCACGACUGCUGCCAGGAGCAAUAAAACAACCAUAGAUACUUCGAAUGAUAAAAAGGCGGCACCUAGUGCAUUGGCAGCAGCACCCAUUAUUCCCGAGUCGGCACCUUCCCCUACAGCACCAGCCCAAAUUGCACCCCCUUCUUCUUCAUCUUCUUCAGUCAGCAACAAGACAACAAUCACUGAAUCAGCCUCCAACACCACAACAGCGAAAGCCUCACCUUCUAUAACGUUCAAACCGAAAUCAUUAUCUUCUAGAGGCACUGAGAUGCUCAACAAUCAAGGUGCCUUGAUUGCAAAAAUAUUCUCCUUUGUCAUCGAAGACACCAAAGGGCUCGCGGAUCUUCGAUUGGUAUCCAAAGAAUGGAAUGCCAAUGUGCGAUUGCACGUGCUGCAAGAUUUUGGAUUUCGCAAGAUUUGCGCUGCCACAAGGAAUAAUUAUUAUUUUUGUGAAGAGCUGGUCAAAUUUGGAGAAGGCAGUUUUGCUGGCCGCAACUUCAACAAGUUUGGUUCAAGAUCCUUAUUUGAUUUCAAGUUUUUCAUUUCGCCAAAGGACGAACAAACGGAAGGCAAUGGUGAUGCCGAAGAUGGUGACAUGGCAAAUGGGGAUGAAGCAGCUUGGGCAACUACGGACGCCUUACUGUUUUGCAAGGAUGACGGUGGAUAUGGUACUCAACGCAAGAAAUGUGUAAUUGAAAAGUCAGAUUCUUAUGACUUUUUGAAAGACGAGGCUAGCCGCUUUGCCAACUACUGCCAGAGAAUCACCGAGACCAAAUCCUUUGAAGACUUUGUGACAAUGGCCGACAAUGGUAUUACCGAAGGACUGUUCUUGUGUUUGCAGGACUUGGAACAUGCUAAGCAUCAUGAAAUAACCAUCAAUAUGAGCAAAGACGACUACGACACACACCGACCCGUGAUAUUGAAGUUGAGACUACCCUCAAACCAUGGAGCGAAGCUCGUUGAGAUUGGUGGAUCCAAGAUUGUAUACUUGAAGGUCAAAAUUGAAAUGGAACCGGAAGACGACACGGAGCUAGAUUGCGCUUAUCCGUUUGUGGAUGACUACAAAAACCCAAACUUAACGAGGGACGAAACACACAUUUAUCCUACCUUUGUUGGAUACAAUGUGAAAGAGAACGAAGGCGGAGGCCUGUCAUGCCAGGUUCCUAUGACGAUCAACUUUAACGAUGGAUUGGCAGAGGAAAUGUGGGAAUGGGGAGCCGCCGAGUCCUUUCUUCCUUUGGACAUUUUAUGGAGCAAGUGCCAAGAGCAGCCGGUACGAGAGGGCGUUGCCAUUGCCGAUGACUUUGUACCCAAGACAUUGCACAUCAAUCUCAUGGAUCAGAUUGGUCUGCUGCUGGAAAGUCAAGCUGUUGACUACCAUCCACAUUCCAACAAUAUUGUUCGGGAUAUUGUCCAUCCAGCACUAUACUCUUACGUCAAGGGUGUUUCUUCUUUGCUCAAGUCUGAAGAAGAAAUCAAAGCUUUGUCAUUUGACCCCAGCAUUGCUGAAGAUGAUCGCAUUGAGCUAGAACCAAACGACUAUUGGGGUCGAGAGUACGAAGCAAGUGCCAAGUACCAAUGGUUACCAACCUACUUUGAUAUUGCCGAAGACGGAAGCUGUAUCAUCCGUGACUAUAUCAAUAAUCUGGUGCCCCGUUCAGACCAUGAACAGUUGUAUGGCUCGUUAGGUCAAUUAUUUUCUCAGGCAUUGCCUUUGAUCGAGUCGGUCUAUGGAUACUGCCGUGUCGUGAAAGAGGACCAUAUUCGAGACGAAGAAGACGAUUUGGAUUACAAUCCCAAACCAGCUGGACCAAUUGAAGAAAGGCCAGUGUCAUUGCGAGGUAAGCAGUUACAAGUAAUCACAAAAAUUGUUGACUAUGAGCUUGGUCCAGGUCAAAGCUACGAAGGGGUUUGGCAUGUGGAGGGCAUGUCGCAUGAAGAAAUCGUGGCCACAGCAAUCUACUUUAUUGACCGAGACGCAGAAAUUGAAGGAGGUGAUAUUCUUUUCAAGCGAGCAUUUCACAAGCAAGAAGCAAGGUACAUCUUUUCGAGUGUUGAUCAAACCCGUCCUCCAGAACUCGAAGAGAAAAUUUCGGAUGGCUUGUUGCCAUUGGGACAGGUUGAGACAUUGGCUGGACGAUUGUUGGUUUUCCCCAACAGUCAUGUGCACAAGGUGACAGAACUGAAGAAUACUUCCACUACAAAGGACACUGAAACCAAGAAGAAACGAAGAAUUAUUGUAUUCUUCUUGGUCAAUCCAGAACGGCGUAUCGUAUCCACAAAAGAGGUGGCUGUCCAACAAGAACAUGCUGGGGGUUCAAUGAAACGAAGUGAUGCCCUUGAGCACCGUCUGAAGCUGAUGGAGGAGCGAAAGUAUACAAAGCAAGAUUGGAAUGUCCGAGAGAUUGAGCUCUGUGAGCACUAG